GCGGUACUUUUUUCCAUAUAUACAAACCGCAAUAACAAAUAUGCUUAUUGUCUGAGUUAUACAUUUUGCGGUUCAGCGGUUCAAAAGCUCCGGCAUUGACCCCGUCUAGUUUCGUUGCUCGCCACGAGACGUCAGGGCAACCAUUCUUAUUAAAUUUCAUUUCAAAUCGUGCACAAACGCACGCAGUGCGCGAUGCCGUCCAACUCAGUUUGGCGCUUAAAUCCCUACCACCAGAAACGAUUCCGGAUCGACCAAUCAGCGUUUAUCUUGUUGUACUUGAAUCCUUUGUUCUCAUCCCUCUCUCCUUUCGUCAAUGCAGAAUUUGAGCGCGCCUGUUGCUGCGUGAGCGAGCGUGCAUGAUCCAUUUGACGUUUUACUUCGUAUUCGAAAUUUCUAAAUUCGGAAGAUUCGGCACCGUUAUUUAAGAUCGCCACCUUUGUUGCGUUGUAAGCAAAGUUACAAAACAUGGCUCCAUCAAAAGCUGCGAAAAAAAAUAUACGCGGAAAGGUAAAAACUAUGGAGGCAAAAUUAGAGUGGCAAAUCCCAGAUUUUUACACGCUUUGCAGUCAAGUGAAAGUCGGGGUCGUUGUUAAAUCACCAAAAUUUGCAACUACACUAGGAAGGGACAUUGAGUGGUAUUUACGGUUGUUUCCUGGAGGAAAAAGACAAGAGUUCCAAGAUUUCAUAGCGCUGUAUCUAUGUAACACCAACACUGUGUCUAUGGGAAAAAUAGUAGCUAAAUCCAACUUCAAAAUUAAGAAUAGCAAAGCUCAAGUGGUGAUUGAUCAUUCUAUGACAGAAUCCGAUUUUGAUUGUAAGACUGCUUGGGGGAUUGAUCAAUUGAUACGAAAAGAUUACAUACUCGAUCCAGCAAAUGAGCUGCUGACCAAUGGUAGCUUGACGAUAAUUUGCGAGAUUAUAACAAUGCCUCGAUAUCUCGUGAAGGAGUUGAAACACAACAAAGAGGUACACGAGCUACAACCUGCUUUAGCAUCUCGACUUGAACUGCUGGACAUUUACGGAGGUCUUAUGGACGACAACAUAUUUAGCGAUGUAGCGCUUCUUUCAGAAAGUAGAAGUGUUAGAGCGCACAAGUGCAUACUUGCCAGGAGCAGCUCAGUAUUUGCUACAAUGUUCGAUAAUGAAAUGAAUAAGGAGAAGAAGGAGAUCAUCUUAGAAGUUAAUGAUAUUAGUUAUGAUGUUCUGUUGGAAAUGAUUCGCUUUAUCUACACUGGAAAGGUAAAUGGAAUAGAAAAAAUGAUUGGGGAUCUCGCAAUUGCAGCAAAAAAAUUUGCCCUACAUAGGCUGCUUAUUAUUUGUGAACAAGCAAUGAUAAAAAGUAUGAGCAUUCACAAUGUCGUACAUUCCCUUCUAGUUGCCGACAAAGUCAAAAUGAAGGAGCUGAAGGCAACGGCAAUUGAGUUUGUUACUAUGAACGGCAGUAAUGUCAUUGAUCAGCCAAGCUUUAGAAAGUUACCUCCUAAAAUUAUAUUCAAAAUCUGUAGCAAUUUAGCAAAAAAAUUUAAAUAGUAGUUAAUAUUUAUGUAUUAAAUAGAAUACUAUUAGUCAUCUUCAAUUUUUUAGAAAAGUUUCAGCCCUUUAUUUUGUACCAUAGUUUCAGAUGCUGGAUAAAUUAUUAAAAUAUUUAUUAACUUUUUGCUAUAGUGAAUGCAAACAUUCGUAUAUUUAUUAAUAUAUUUAUAACUUUUGCGAUAAAAAAAUUUAACAGCUUGAUUAUUAUUAACAUCAGUCAUUUUUUAUGAAAAAUAAUUGUAACGGAAUGUUUUAGUUAUAUGAAAACUCAAGUGUUUAGUAUUUCCUCUUCAACAAGUUUGUGGAAAAAUCUUGAAUAAGUGCAGAUGAUUUGAUUUUUCCAAUUGGGCUAUUUAACAUAAAUUAUGUAACUUAAGAGUAGCUGUUAAUCUGAAAAUUAAAUAUUUAAUAUAUAUUUUGAAGCAUAGAAAUUAGUUUCUGAACAAUCAUUAAAUAGAAC